AACAGCUCUCUGGUAAAAUCACUGCUGUCUACUCAGACAUCCCUGCACUGUUAUUUGGGAACUAUCUAUAGAGAAGCUUCGUCUGGCACAGUGUUUUCCUAGGCUUGUUUAUUCUCUUCUCCUAUUACUAUUACCAAACACUUUACUGAUUGAAUUGUAUUGGGAGACUUAUAGCUUAACUAACCGUUAGCUACCCUAUGUUGUCCUAACUUGCCUGCGCUGCAUACACACUGAAGGGCCCAUGUUUUGUUAAAGAAGUCUCUGGAUGCUGUGGGAAAGCUGGGAAGUGCUUGUUAUCGUGUUGACCAGGUGAUUCUGCACUGCUGCUGCUAUAGAGAAGUGAGCGGUGAGAGACAGAGGGGACUAUGAGUUAUUGCAGCUCACAGAUUAACACUAAAGCAGAGGCGAGCAUCAUCAGCCGAGAAAGCUCAAAACACCUCCCUGAGAUCUCCUCCUGCUCCUCCUGCUGCUUCCAGCCAUCCUGAACCUCCUCCUCCUCCUCCUCCUCCUCCUCCUCCUCCUCCACUGCUGCUCACAGCCUUGUUUAUUUACAGCGACGAUGGCGCACUGUUUUCUGAGAAGACCAUGAGCUCCUCAGGAUCUGCCUCUGUGGCUUCAGGAGGUGCGGGGAAAGGUCGAGGGAGCCGGGCGCCUGCCGAGUCUGAGGAGGGAACUGACCCCUUGCCCAUGUACGGCUCAGGCCACUGUAAGUGGUUUAAUGUACGAAUGGGCUUUGGAUUCAUAUCGAUGACUAGUCGCGGAGGAAAUCCUAUUGAUCCUCCGUUGGAUGUGUUUGUUCACCAAAGUAAGCUGCACAUGGAGGGAUUUCGGAGUCUGAAGGAAGGCGAGGCUGUGGAGUUCACCUUUAAGAAGUCCUCUAAAGGCCUUGAGUGUGUGCGAGUUACAGGUCCUGGAGGAGCCCACUGUGUGGGCAGUGAAAGAAGACCCAAAGGAAAGAGUGUGCAGCAGAAACGAAAGCCAAAGGGAGACCGAUGCUAUAACUGUGGUGGUCUGGAUCAUCAUGCCAAAGAGUGCGGUCUCCCCCCACAACCCAAGAAGUGCCACUACUGCCAGAGCUCCACCCACAUGGUGGCGCACUGUCCGCACAAAGCGUCCUCAGCCGCUCAGGGAAGAUACAGCUCGGAUCCGCCUGCCUCCAGCUCAGGCCAGACAUCAAGCCCUCACUGUUCAGAUGCAGGCCAAAGAGCCUCCUACUCAGCUCAGGACUGCUCCACCUCCAGCACCUCCAAACCCUCCAGCUCCCCUGAAGACCCCACGCCAAAAGCUGCCUCAUCACAGAGAAAAAAGAGGAAAAAAUGAGGGAGAGAGAGUCUCUUGUGGUACAACUUUAAAACCUCUCAGGCCACCUCGUCUUAUCCAGGUCCCCAACGUGUAAACAUUCUGCUGCAUCCGCCCUACCUCAGUCUGAUAAGUAUGGCCCAGACCGACAUCUCUGGACCUCUUCAGCCUCAUGCAAAGGAGGAAACGCUGCUGCUGCUGCUGCUGUUUUUAUUCAUUAUCAACUAAACUGUGAACAGGAUUAGGAAAACUCAGAGUGGGUUUCUAAUGCUUUUAUAAAACUGAUACCUCAUGCACAACAUACAUAGACUGCAAUAUUUUGCUCAUUUUAAUUUCCUUUUUAAUUCAUGCUGCCUAAUGUGAAAAGUGGUCUUGAGCCAAAGAAUCCAGUUUUUACUGUUUAAUAACAUCAACAGCCUUACAGUACAUCACCCAUUUUUUUCUGAUUUAAGAACAAUGAUAAGAAAUCAGAAAUAAUGCCUGACUAGUCUAGUGUUAAUGUGAGAUAUAAUAGAAGGAAACCAUGGAACUGAACUUGAACAGAUGUAAACUUUCUUAAAAAAAAGUAUUUUUGUUUACAUCUUUAUUAUCAGGAUCUAAACUUCAACCAUCAUAGUAUUGACCUGCUUUGGGUAAAGUGUAUUUUAAAGUGCUUGAUCAGGUAUAUAGUUGUAUAUUGUAUAUUGCUGCCUCUACUAGUGUAUCUCAAAAAUAGAAUACAGUGAACAAGAACUGCUAUAUAAACUAAAAAGAUGAACUUUUAUAUUUUAAAGGGAUAUAAUAAAACUGAAUACGUAAAACUUUUUUUUUUUGCCAUAUUUUUUUUACAACUGCAUGAAUUAAAUAGCCUAAAUGUAUUUUUUGGGUACAUGUUUUUUGAACACUGAACAUUUUUUGAACAUUCCAGCAGACAUACCAACAAAGCACAAUAUUGUUCAAUAUAAACAUUCAGUAUUUUCACUUAUUUAACUGAACACCAAAAGUAUUUUUGGUGCAUAUCUAUUUUAUAUUCAUUACAUAUAAGGUCACGCAUUUACAAGUUCUGGAAUUAACUUUUCUUAACAAUCCAUUCAAGGCAGCAGUCACCUCUGUUGCUCAUGCUCUUUUUCUACCACAUUUCUGCCUUUUAGACAAUUUUCCAUUAAUAUUCUUUAAUACAGCACUUUGCAAAUAGCCAGCCAUCUUUCCAUUUAUUAUGGUUAAAUGUGCUGAACUAGAUUGUGAGAUGAAACAGUGUACUUUUUCACCAUAUUCAAUUUUUUUGAGAUGCACUAAUAAUGUACUGUUGCCUCUUGAGACUGCUACCUGUAUUUCUAUGAUAUUUCUGACAUUUAAAUAUUGGUGGUCUUUCACAGGCUAGUUAAUUAAGUCAAUUGUUUACUUGUUAUGCUAAACCAAGCACAUCAGUCAGACACCUGAGCAUCUUAAUCAUAUUUAACUGACUCAUGCAUGUUGAGAGGAAGGAGUAAAUUAGUUUUUUUUUUGUAAGUGAUUUAAUGGCACAUUAAAGCUGUGAUCAGUUCGUAUGCUUUAAUAUGGGGAUUGUUAGAUAUACAGUAGGUGUGAACAUCAGCAAAUGAACAUAUUUUUACAAUUAAUCAGCAGCUUUUUAAUUGGGGCUAUUUGUAAGAUUAUGUAAUAUGACUCCAUCAAUUUCUCCAAUUUUCUCCAAUUAGUUGAAUCGCAAGAAAAUAUUUACUAUAUUCUAAUGUUUAAUUAAUGGCACCUAUUUAAAAUAUGUGAAUAAUUUACAAUUUUAACAUUAAAACCGUACGUGAUGGGCAUAUCUUACAUAACCCCCUUUUAUAAGAAUUAAAGUUGUUUUUAGAGCUGAAAUAUAGUUGAACUUUUUAAACUAUAAUUUAACUUAUAAUUAUUUUCACCCUGAGCCACAGCAGAUAAUAAAUACUACUGUGUGUAUAUACUUGCAUUCAUGCAUCUGCAUAUUAUUGCCUAUAAAUUCAUAAUCAAGCAUAAGCCGAGCUGAAUCCCUGACUGUUAUUAAGCCGUAUACACAUGACUGAACAAAAGCUUCUUAGUGGGAAGAAUUUCUCUCAGGGAAUUGUUUACCAAAAAAUUAAAUGUUUAGUCUUUAUUUGCUGUUAAAGUGUAUUUCUGUGCUGACUUCUUAUAAGUGUUUAAUUAGCCUAAAUAUCUGUAGAUGUAAACGUUCAGGCAACGUUAUUAAUGAUGCAUCUUUUUAAAGAAAGGACCUAAGGGUAGCAGUGGACCUGCAGUUUGGAAAGUUUAGUGCCUCUCAGUGGUCAUGGAGGGUGAUUUCUUAUAUUAUUAUAAUUUUUUUUCCUUCAGUUUACAGUAAAUCCUACCUCAUUUGUUUUUAUUUUUUCUCAGUCAUAAAACCUGAUUACUGCUCAAAUAAGGGAUUAUAGCUUUUGAAAAAGAAAAUGAUUUGUUGACUUGCUCUGAUGUGCUUUAACUGUAAAUAGAUCUGCGAUAGGAUGUAAUUACAGUUAGCCGUGCACAUAUUCUCUGAUUUGUAAAUGCAGGCUGAAUGUCAGAUAUGGAUGUAUUAUUUUGCUUUAUUAUUUUAAAGACUGAAUCUAUCUUAUACACAGUAAAUAAUGUCCCCUUUAGUGGGUGAUAUUGGGAUUGUACUGACCUCUGUUAAUACUAACAACUGACAAUGCUGUUUAUUUUUACUGGGACUUGAAAUAUUUAAUGCUAUACAACACUGAUGUAAAGAGGCAAGUUCUCGACUCUUAUUUUACCUUUUUUUUUUGUUUAACCUGUCUUUACCUGUGGGACCUAAAAUCAAUUCCUCCCACCCUGACGUUUCAUUAGAAACCACAGCAAAACGGCUUUCUGUAAAGACAGUGGAGGUUUUCUCCUGACAGCAGUGAUAAAUAACCUGAACUACUGAUAUGUUUAUAUUUUCCGUUAAUAUAUAUAUUUUUUUAUAGGAAGUAUUUCUUGUUUGAAGGAAUCAAAGGUCAGACACUGAUUUGAGAAAAACAAAGAAAAUCAUGACUUUAUUUUUAUUUUUUAAACCAAAGAUUUUAACAGAAAUUAUGGUUUUGGCAUUGUGUGUGUGUGUUUGUGUGGGUGUUAGUUAAAUGUUUUCUGGUCAUUUAUCAGUAGUUGUUUCAUUUGUUUGAUAUUUAAUAUAUAUUUUUUAUAAGGAUCAAGAUUUUCAAAAAGCUUUAUCGGACAAUUAAUGAUGUAUUUUUUUUUUUUGGAUGAACAUGAUGGUUUGAUGGUCAUGAGAUUCAUUACAAGCACUGAUAAACCUCAGGAGCUGAUCUUGAAUGCUUGAAAUCUUUUCUUGGACAAGAAAUAUGCAUUUGAUGAAAUAUGCGUAGUGCAUUUAAAGGCCUUCUUAAAGAAUGUUCUGCAACUUGCAUUUGGCAAAAUAAAUCUGAUUUAGAUUUUUUUUUUA